UACACAGACAAUCCCGCCCUCGCUUCGCAAAAACAACCCGAACCAAAUCAUAUCUCUCUCUUUAUUAAUUUCUCAUGCCUUCUCUCCCAAGCUCCAUUUGUUUCUCUUUCUAGAUUUUCUCUCGCUGUCUCUCUCUCCAAUGGCGAAGCUAUUCGCCUUCGGAGCGUUGUGGUUGUGCCUUGUGGUGACGGUGAUUUGUCCAAGACACUGCGUUUCGGUGAGAUCUGAUCAAGAGAUCAGGGACAGGUUUUAUGGCAAUCUUCUCAACGGUACGGCGCCGGAUUCUGGUGACGGAAGCAUAGCCAAGAUGUUCGAUCGCGUUCUCGAGAAAGAGUUCUCCGAGAAAGAGUUCUCCGAGAACGAUCAGCCUGAAGGAUCCAAUGGAAGCAGCUUCAAUAGCAGUGUAGCCGAUCAACAAGCUGUACUGGAAACUGUGGCUAAAAUUACUCAUGAGAAAGCCAAGAGAAACGAUACACAAGAAGCAAAUGGUACAAGGUCUUUCCAGUUUCAAGAUGUUUUUUCUCUGGAUAAUGAAGGUACUGAUGAUGUAACGACCUUGAUAGAUAAAAAGGAUAAUGUGUUUGUGAUGUCAAACAAGAAAUCCAAGUAUCCAGUGCUACAAGUGGAUCUAAGAUUAAUUUCCGAUUUAGUGGUUGUAAUAGUUUCUGCUGCCAUUGGUGGAAUUAUCUUUUCCUGCCUGGGACAACCGGUUAUUGUGGGCUAUCUUCUUGCUGGUUCAAUUAUUGGACCAGGGGGCCUAAAAUUCAUCAGCGAAAUGGUACAGGUUGAAACUGUUGCACAGUUUGGUGUUGUCUUUCUUCUUUUUGCUUUGGGGCUGGAAUUUUCUUUGCCAAAGUUAAAAGCUGUGGGACCUGUUGCUGUUCUUGGAGGGCUGCUUCAAAUUUUUAUAUUUAUGUUCUUGUGCGGUGUAACUGCCAUGUUAUGUGGAGCAAAGUUGUCGGAGGGUGUAUUUGUUGGUUCCUUCUUAUCAAUGUCAUCAACAGCAGUGGUGGUAAAGUUCCUGGUAGAACGGAAUACUAAUAAUGCUCUUCAUGGUCAAGUUACUAUUGGGACACUUAUUUUACAGGAUUGUGCUGUUGGUUUACUCUUUGCUUUGCUCCCAGUUUUGGGUGGUAACAGUGGCCUUUUGCAAGGAAUGAUAUCAAUGGGAAAGCUGCUUCUGGUUUUAUCCAUGUUUUUGACUGCUGCAUCAGUGCUAUCCUGGUCAUUUGUUCCUCGGUUUUUAAAGCUGAUGAUACAACUAUCAUCUCAAACAAAUGAACUCUAUCAGCUUGCUUCAGUGGCUUUCUGCUUAUUAUCUGCUUGGUGCAGUGAUAAGCUGGGCCUUAGUCUUGAAUUGGGUUCAUUUGUGGCUGGGGUUAUGAUAUCUACGACUGACUUUGCGCAACAUACUUUGGACCAGGUUGAACCGAUCCGGAACCUAUUUGCAGCUCUCUUCCUUUCAAGUAUUGGAAUGCUCAUACACGUGCAGUUCCUAUGGACCCAUGUGGAUAUAUUGCUAGCAUCGGUUAUUCUGGUUGUAGUUGUUAAAACAGCUGUUGUUGCAGUGGUCACUAAAGCCUUUGGAUAUAGCGUUAGGACAUCUUUCCUUGUUGGAGUAUUGCUUGCUCAAAUAGGAGAAUUUGCUUUUGUUCUCUUAAGCCGGGCUUCGAAUCUUAAACUUAUUGAGGGGAAGAUGUAUCUUCUUCUACUUGGGACAACAGCUCUUAGUCUGGUGACGACUCCUGUCCUGUUCAAACUGAUCCCUGCGGUGAUGCAUUUGGGUGUUCUCAUGCACUGGUUCCCUUCAGAGAACAGCAAUCAGAAUGAGGUCUCUCUCUCACUGUUUAAAUAUUGCAAUUUUCUACUGAAACUUAGGCUUCAUUUGGUAUAGCUUACUGUUUUUGGCUUUAAUUAAAAACUAAAACCAAAGCCAAAGUCACAAUUUUAAAGGGUAAUAUUAGUAUCAACAAAAUUUUAUCAAACAUUAAAAGAAUGUUUUGUAGCUUCUACAAGAGUAAUAUUUUUCUUGGAUUCCAUAUUAAGUCGUAAGCUCUGUGAACAAAAUUAGCAUAUAAAAGAUCUUAUUAAGCUUAAAAAAGAAUUUUUGACUUCUCAAAAGUCAAUCCAAAUCGGGCCUUAAUAUAGAAAGCACGUUUAUUUGUUUCUUAAUUAUGUUGCAGGAGAGAGCUUCCGUGCUCGAAUCACGUGAUAGAUUAUUGUGACCCUUGGAGUACAUUACUGUGGCUCUCGAAGCUAGAUUUUGAAGAAUUUUUUAAUUUUAGAGUUUUGUCUUACAGUCAAUUCCAUCACCGAAGCUUCAUUGCAGCAUCAAGGCAUGAUCAGCUCCCCUGAAGCUCACACUGGAGCCUUGGAGUUCUCAUGUACAUAUGUAUUCGUUUAUAUUCUUUCCACAUUGUACAUAUAUUCUUUUUGUCCACCGCUGGCUCAUACAAAUAUGUUGGGACGUUAUUAUAAACUGAAAAUUCCAUGCAAAAUCCUACAAAAUUGUUUCCCAUGUCCUAAGUAUUUUUCUUUGAACAAGUGGAGAGGUAUUUAAUAGUAUUUUUAUCUUGCCUGA